AUGCAACUUUUAUUGGAUGAUUUGCUAUCGAUACAAAAUUCGAAAGGUACCAAAUCAACGUAUCUUCAUUCGACAUUAUAUGUUACUGAUGGAGAUUAUGGCUUAUACGCGAUAUCAGCAUUCGUUAAUCGGCACACAAUUACUAUUGGUACUACAAAUGCUGGACCACCAUUAUUGUCGGGGCCAUCGCCAAUCGCUUAUAAGGUUCAUUUCAUUUCUAAUCGAGAAAAUUAUCCAAUCUGCAAUUUGCGCAAUAUUAAAUUCGAUAUUUUAUCGAUAUUAUCAAAAAAUUGGAUAAUUGGAAAAUUACUUAAUUAUUAUAAAAUCGAAUGUAAAUUCUCUUGUAAAUUUGUACAAACAUCGAGUUAUUUUUAUAAAUUUUGGAAUCGACACCAAAAUACCGAGAAAGGUUAUGAACGAAUUGGAAAUAUCCUUUAUAAUCCGCAGACAAUUCUUGGACGCGGGUGCGAUGGUACUAUUGUUUACAGGGGUAAAUUCGAUGGUCGACAAGUAGCUGUAAAACGCGUUGUCGCCGAAAUGGUUCAUUUGGUAAAUCGUGAAGUGGAUUUACUUCGAGAAAGUGAUGCGCAUUUGAAUGUCAUUCGAUAUUUUUGUUUAGAAUCUGAUAGUCAUUUUCGUUACAUUGCAUUAGAACUUUGUUCAUUCUCAUUGUAUGAUUAUGUUGAAAAUGAAGAUGUGCAUUCAAAUUGUUCCUUAACAACGACUGAAAUAUUUCAGCAAGCAGCUGAAGGAAUCGCUUAUCUUCAUAGUAUAAAUAUUGUUCAUCGCGAUAUUAAACCUCAAAAUGUGUUAUUUUCAAUGAAAAAUCAACAUGGACAAGUUCGUGUGCUCAUAUCCGAUUUCGGUUUAUGCAAACGUCUUCAGUACGGUUAUUCAGUAACCCAGUCAGGAUUAAUUGGUACUGAUGGCUGGAUCGCUCCAGAACUUUAUAAUAUGCAUGACAAAAUCACAUGUGCUGUUGAUAUAUUUUCUUUGGGAUGUAUUUUUUAUUAUGUAUUAACUAAAGGAAUGCAUCCAUUUGGUGGUUCACUACAACGACAAGCAAAAAUCGUAUCAUUAUUUUUAAAUUUAGAAAAUAUUCCUGGAUUAUCUUUAAUACAUUCAAUGCUUCAAAAAAAUCCUAAUUCACGUCCAACAGCGAAAGAUUUACUUGUACAUCCUUUCUUUUGGUCUGCAAGUCGUCAACUUCAAUUUUUCUCAGAUGUAAGCGAUCGUAUUGAGAAGGAAGACAUUAAUUCGUUGGUUGUUAAACGUCUUGAAAAAGGAUCUCGAUUAGUUGUUACUGGAAAUUGGCGUGAUGUUAUUUGUCCAGCUUUAUCUGACGAUCUAAAAAAGUUUCGCUCAUAUAAAGGUCAUUCAGUACGAGAUUUAUUACGAGCAAUGCGUAAUAAAAAACAUCAUUAUCGCGAAUUACCGGAGGAGGUUCGAAUUUCAUUAGGUGAUAUACCUGAACAAUUCGUUCAUUAUUUUACAUCUCGUUUUCCUGAGUUAUUAAUGCAUACAUAUGAAGCAAUGGAAUGUUGUUCAAGUGAAAAAUUAUUUAUCGGUUAUUAUGCUGAAAAUUCAUUCAGUACGAAUUAUCACGAAUUAAUCGCUCGUUGA